ACACACGGCAGUAGAUACUUUGUCAGUAUCUAGUAGUUCAUAUAGAUAAGAUGCCCGCCUGUCCUAUCUACGAGUUGCAUUCUAAACCAUCUCGAUUAGGUGUUUAUCUUUGUGUCGCAAGGGUUUUCAACAAUAUUUCAAUUUCUUCAAUUAAAAGUUUUCAAAAAUGAUAUAUAACUUCAUUCUACAAUGGUUAUUUAUCAACGGAUUUUUUAUUAAGAGAUGUACUUGUUCAUUGAGUUCUACCGACUCUAUCGAAGAGUUAAGUGUAGAUUAUGAAGACGACAGAAAUUCAAUGAUUGCGGUCGCUGAGAAAGAACCUAAGGAAAUAUAUGAAGAGUUUUACGACGAACUGGACAAUAGAAUGGAAGUUGAACAAUCGAUGAAUAUGAUCUUCUUUGGACCUCCGAGUUCUUUUUUGAGACUUGACGCUGACUCUAUUAUACAUUUAUUAACACAUACAAAGAAACAUAUGAUACCCAUUUCUAGAGCUUUACUAGUGUGGGACAUACUGACAGAUGGAAAAACUGCCGCCUUCUUACAAGGUCGUGAGUUUUUAGCUUUUGGAUCACUGUUAAAUGUUAUACCUGAGGAAGAUUUGUAUUACGUGAAUUUUGGAGAUCCAUCAGUUCUCAGAUAUUUUGCUAAUCACUACAUCAAGUUACACCCACGGAAGUUUGGUAUCCUAGCGGCAUCCUACAGAAGAUAUUAUGGGGAAACGUGGUACGACAAUAGUACAUUUAUCAACGAACUUGGCUAUCUGUUAUGCGGAUUCCCAGCAACCGAUUUACAAAAUAUAUCACCUGCAACAUUCAAAGAACUUAAUCUAGACACUUUGAAUAAAUUGGGAAAAUGUAAUGCAAAUCAAACCAGGACUUUAUAUUCAAUAGCCACUAAUCGCGCCGCUUAUGGUGAACCAUAUAGAUGGUCAUCGCACGAGAUUGGAAGACUGAGUGCACUAUUUACAUGUAUUCCAGAAAAUGACAUAAGUUCUAUACAGUUAGAGGCUGUAACCGCUAUUACUCCUGAAGUUAUGCAUGCGAUGCAUCAGGGAAAGCUCCAGUAUUUUACUAAACAACAGAUACUACGAAUGAAUUCCAAAACCCGGAGGAUAUAUAUUUUAAGGAUGCAGUUGAGAAGUAGUUAUGAUAUGAGCGAAAUAGCUCGGCAGAAUAACUCGCCCAUAUCGAUGAAACCGUUUGUCCUGUUAUUUUUUUGGUCGCCCUUAUCUAAUGUAAUGAUGCAUUACAUUUAAAUGCCUCAGAAAUUGAUUAUUAUAUUAAUUUCAUAGAUAUAUAAUUAUAUCUUUAGUUACAAAUUA